UAUGUUUAAUCUGACUUUCUGCCUUGUUGAUUUUUAAGAGUUUUCUAUGUACCUUUUUGAUAGAUUCUGUAUGUAUGUCUUUAGAAAAAUAUGUGCUUUGUGACGUUCUUCUCCUAGGUUGUAACCCACCGUCUCACUCCAGGGAUCUAAUCUUGUUCUUCAGUGCUCAGGUGAAUGUUGUGUCACGUGAGGAAGAAACACAGCUUCACCCGCCAGGAUCUGUGUGUAGGCUAAGCAGAGAGAGUCGGAAGGUGGGAAUUCGUAGUCAUUUUGUGCUACGCGGUAUCACUAAGACUUCAUAUCAUGUGGUUUUUAUUCAUAUUACUGAAGGAAUAGGUGGAGACUUCAUCCAUAAACCUACCACUGACUGCUCUGUGAUCCUUUUACUGUCUGAAAAUGUCAUCAGCCCCAGCAGCGAGAAGAUACAACCAUGGAAGGAGAUCGCUUGCCUUGUGCAAUUUUCAAGCUGCAGCACACCAAGCUAUGCACAAACGGCAACAGUGUCCUCAAACGCUCCAGGACAAACUCACCCUCCCAGAUAUGCAAGACCUACCUCCUUACAGUCCUAGAGGAUCAGAAACAAGAAGGAAGAAUUGUGGGCUGCCACACAAUGCCACCAAGGACAA